AUGUAUUCUCCCGCUACCUGCUUUUCUGCAGGAACCAGCCCUCCACAAAUUUGCUCGGAUCCGUCUACUCCUGCUACUGACCUUGAGGACCCUUUUGACAUUGUUUCUCAGGAUGAGGACCAAUAUGUCCUUGUCACUGGCGGGCUUGGGUUCAUUGGGAGUCAUACAUCGCUGGAGCUACUCAAGGCCGGGUACAAUAUCAUCAUCGUGGACAACUUGAGUAACAGUUUCCCAGAUGUUUUUGAUAACAUUCGCAAGGCUGCCAAAUUGCAUUGCGAGCGCAUGGACGUCCCCUGUCCUAAGUCUGAGUUGUGCUGUGCAGACUACCAGGAUACCGCCGCAAUGAGCCUGCUGCUCACAGCGCACUCCGCUAGAUUUCCCGGAAACGCACAGCGACAGUCAAACAUUACAGGCGUCAUUCACUUUGCAGCCUACAAAGAAGUUGCAGAUAGCAUCAAGCACCCGCUGAAAUAUUACCGAAACAACGUCAAGGGCUUGAUCGAUCUCAUCAGCCUACUUGGCGACCAUGGCAUCAAAUCGUUCAUUUUCUCCUCGACUGCAGCAGUAUACGGUACCCUGGCAGAGAGUACGCCACGGCUGCGGGAGGAGAACUGCGUCCACGAGCCAGAAGCUUACUUCGAAUCCACCGGCGAGCGAGUCCACACCGAGCAGGGCUGUACCGGAAUCACAAACCCCUAUGGUCGCAGCAAGUUCUUUGGAGAGGCCAUACUCGCAGAUUUAUGCGCAUCAGAUCCCUCAUGGACAGUUCUCUGCCUGCGGUACUUCAAUCCCAUCGGCUGCGACCAGUCCGGCCUCCUCGGCGAGAACCCAAAGGACGGUGCAUCGAACCUCUUCCCUGCUGUCCUCAGGGUAUUGACCGGGGAAAAUCCAGAAUUAUACAUCUACGGCAACGAUUGGGACACACCCGAUGGCAGCGCAAUCCGCGAUUUCAUUCACGUUAGUGAUCUUGCGCGAGGCCAUAUCGCGACGUUGUCCGCGGCUCAACAAGGGCGCAUCACAGGCUCGUUCCGCACAUUCAAUCUGGGAACAGGAUCUGGACAUUCAGUCAUCGAGGUGGUUCAGACGCUGGAGUCGGUCACGCAACAGGCUAUUCCUGUUAAAACUGUUGGUCGAAGGAAUGGAGAUGUAGGAUCGUGUGUUGCGGUUCCCGGUCGAGCUGGGUCCGAGUUGGGAUGGAAGACGGAGAAGUCAUUGCGAGAUGCGUGUGAAGACCUGUGGCAUUACCUUAAUUUUAGAUAG